ACUGGACAGUUCGCGCAGGCGUGUUUCAUUGUUUUGACUGAAAAUGCCGUCGGUUUCGAAAACGGCGGCGAACGGUUCUCCUCAAACCGAGAAACCAACCCACUAUACAUAUUUGAAGGAGUUUAGGACCGAACAGUGCCCUCUCUUCUUGCAGCACAAGUGCACACAACAUAGACCCUUUACAUGUUUUCAUUGGCAUUUCCUCAACCAGAGGCGAAGACGACCGAUUAGAAGAAGAGAUGGAACUUUUAACUACAGCCCUGACGUUUAUUGCACAAAAUAUGACGAGACUACGGGCAUUUGCCCAGAUGGAGAGGACUGUCCUUACUUGCACCGGACCACUGGUGACACAGAGCGCAAGUACCAUCUUCGCUAUUACAAGACUGGUACCUGUAUCCAUGAAACUGAUGCCCGCGGGCACUGCGUGAAGAACGGCCUACACUGCGCCUUUGCCCAUGGCCCACAUGAUCUCCGCCCCCCUGUCUACGAUAUCAGUAGCUCUCUCACUGAUCUUCUUCAUGUGCACAGAGAGAUCCAGGCACAGGAAGCCCUCCAGAAUGGCCAGUUGGGAUCUGGAGAGGGUAUCCCUGAUCUACAGCCUGGAGUACUGGCCAGCCAAGCCAUGAUAGAGAAGACUCUUACAGAGGACCCCCGGUGGCAAGACACCAAUUUUGUUUUAGCGAACUACAAAACAGAGCAGUGCACCAAGCCUCCACGGCUAUGCAGACAGGGCUAUGCCUGCCCUCACUACCACAAUAGUAGAGACAGAAGACGAAAUCCACGCAAGUUCAAAUACAGGUCAACUCCGUGUCCCAAUGUGAAACAUGGGGAUGAGUGGGGUGAGCCAUCGAAGUGUGACAGUGGAGACAGCUGUCAAUACUGUCACUCACGCACUGAACAGCAGUUCCACCCAGAGAUCUACAAAUCCACCAAAUGCAAUGACAUGAGGCAAACUGGUUAUUGUCCUAGAGGGCCGUUCUGUGCGUUUGCGCAUGUAGAAAGAAUUCCCUCCACGGAAGAGACCAUGAACUCAUUGCUAACAGCGAUGCAGUCGGGCUCUCAGCAGUAUUCCGAGUGUCCGGUCAGCGAGUGGGGCAGCAGUGCACACUCCAUCAGCAGCAUCAACAACGGCCAAGUGGGGAAUGUUUCAUAUUCUAAUAGUCCGACUGUAACGCCAAGCUCAGGAAGCAACAGUUCAUUGUCCCCAAUCGGACCCAUCGGCAGGUCCAAAUGCUUAACUAAUGGUAGCUUAUGUUCAGAGUCCACCACGUCAAGUGUGUCAUCUCUGACGUCUAACUAUCCCAAAGCGCCCGGCUUUGAACGCGAGGAUCAGUUAAAGAACUAUAAGGGACAUAGCGAUCAAAAGAUGAUGGACCAAGACAAGCAGACACACAAUKGUGUAUUCUCUGGGAUGAACCCUCUGGCAUCCAGCAUAACGUCCAGUAUAGAAUCUAGCCUGGCCUCCAGUAUUGGAUCGGAUAGUUCCUCACCCACCACCUUAUCAACAAUGAAUGCAAAAGCAACCCCAUUCUAUCCUGGGAGCAAUACUGUGGAGUCAGUUAUAGGUUCUGCUCUUGACCUGAAUUUUUGUGACAUCAAUGUUGCCUCUCUUGAUAAAGAGUUUGAGGAGCAAGAAAACAACAGUCUUGGUUUAAGUCAAAGGAUGCUGGGAGGAUCCGCUCCGGUCAACAUUCCUGGCUCCCUUGCACGGUCUUCUUCGUUGAAUUCCAACUCCUCGCUCUCUGCCUCCCCUCUGAGCUCRCUCUCCCAGUCCCUGUCCCAGUGCCUGUUGUCAGGAAUGGCUCCACAGCAYACUCAGCCUCAGGGCCUGCUAACCAAACCUGAGCAUGGCCUUCUGGGAACACCUACCUCCUCUCAGAACUCUCUGGGUUUGAAUGGGGGAGCUAGCAGCAUAUGGGACUUUGUGAGUGGCAACUUCUCCCCCAGCCCAUCACCAGUGUUCAGCAGCCUGGGAUCCACCACUGUGAGCAGCAGCGCUGACCUGAACCGGCUCUUCAGGGAGCUGGAUGAGGCAAAGAGGAAGAUCAAGCAAUGGGAAGACGCCUGGCACCAGGUCAAGCAGGCAUGUGAGGCCUGGCAGAAAGACUCCCAUGAUGCAAAAGAACAAGCAAAGUCGGCCGAGGCGGAGCGGCAGCUGGCAGAGCAGGCGCGAGAGGACACGGAGCGCAAGCUGAAGGAGCUCCAGGGGGACUUUGACGUGCUGUGUCGCUCCCCUAGCACACCCCUGCUUAGAAGCUAUGGGGACCUGGACCAGCUCCCUCUACCAAAGCUCCACUCCAUCCAGAGCCAGCUGCGCACUGACCUAGACCUUAUAGACGGGGUAAUAUAUCAGCUUCAGUCAAAGAAAUGUAUAGUUUGCCAAACGCAUGAUCGUUGCAUAGUCCUGCAGCCUUGCCAACAUUAUGUACUUUGUAAGAACUGUGCACCUAGUAAAUCAGAAUGUCCAUACUGUAAGACAAAAAUAUUGAAGUGGUGAUGUACAAUUAUUCAAGGUACUACUUAAGGAAUUUGCCCUUUGAAGAACUACUAAUACAUAUAGUAUGCUUACAUUUUCUAAAUAGCAUUUUGUGUUUCAGUAUUCAUAUAGUAAUUCAAUUAAUAGUUUGAUUUGAACUACAUAAAUGGUGUUUGAUAAAUCAAGUACUUAAAUGUAGUAUGUAAUUUUGUAUUGUAAUGGAUCACUUACAUUUUCCCAAAAGUUUGGGCAUCCAUAGUUCAAGUGAGCCUAAUUUGACUUUAUCACUGAAACACAUCAGUCAAACAUUAUUAUUAGUAUUGCAACCAUCUUUGUGAAGAUUGAUUUCURGUAAAGCACUUUGUUGACCUGGGAAUUUGUUAAAGGGUAUUUUUUAAAUUAGCUUUGAGCUGUUUUUGUUUCUUAGAUUUACAUAUUAUUUUUCUUAAUAUGCUAAUGUAUCGAGCUUUUGUGUGUACUGUGAAACAUACUAGAAUAUUUCAUGUUUCCUAUUGUUAAAUCAUGGUAUAGUUCUAUAUAUCUUGUUAGUUUUCAUAGAAAAGUACUAAACAAUAGUUUCUACUUCUCAUUCUUUAAUUUACACCUUUCCAUCAAAAAAGUACACACUUUUGAAUGCAUUUUAGGCAUAACCAGCAGCUGUAAUYUCAGUAAGGCACAUUUAUGCUAAAGCAGUUAGGAAAUCAAUUACUGUGUCUUUUAGUGAUUACUGAAUUGUUCAUUAUGUAGUUGUUAGAGGAGCAUGUCUUGAUGUACYUAAGUCUGACAUGGUGAAUUUGAUAGGAUUCCUACUAGCUCUCAAACAUGUCUAGAACAUAUCUGAUACUUGGCCUCUACUCUAGUCUCAAGUGCCUUGCCUUAGAUGAUAACCAUGACCAUCGAUGCUUAGAGGAUUGUUGUAAAAGCAGACACAGGUAGUCAAAGCCUCUGCACACGUUUCUGCAUAUAUGUCUACUUAAUUUUGCUACUUUGCAUCAUGUGUAUUGCCCAAUCCUAUGUCAAAGUAUUUCCUCAGAUUAUAGUUGUAUGAAGAUAUAAAUCUUGUCAGUGCCUGUGUCCUGACUUCACGCUCACAAACAUAAAACAAUAUAUUUUCCUUGUCUACACAGGCAAUGGUGCUUUUUUUUGAUGCGGCUUCAGUAUAAUUUCAAAUGACCAAGGCAAGGAAACAACUCUGGUCUUGUUUGUGAACAAGAUAAAAACAGGCUCUGCUAUACAUUUUAGACUGGUGUUUGUAAGAUGCAUCAUUGGUGUUGAACCUGUAAGUUGUGUUUUCAAAUAUGACAGUGUAAUGUGCUUAGCUAGGUUAAUCUAAUUGAAAUGACCUUCUACUGUGUUCAAAAUGUAUUUUUCCUCACUCUAUAUCUUGGUCCUUUAAUAUUUACAGCAAUUAGUAUGUUCAGUAGAAAGAACCUUAUAUAUUCCCAGGUACACGAUUUGUAACUUAGUUUGAAAAAUUGAGAAAUACAAUUGUUUACAUUUACAUGGAUGGUAAUUCAGAAACUCAGAGAAAAACAAAACUUAUGUUUCUCCUAAAAUAUAAAAGGUAUUGUGUUCCCUCAUGUUUAUCAAGUUAAAAUGGCAGGUGAAACUAUUUUAUUGCAUGUCUUAUACGCGUCAUACGUUAACCAGCUACAAAUCUAGAUCACUGCCAGAUAUAUUUGUAUUGUCAGUCUAGCAUACUGUAGAGUCGAUCACUUCACUUUUGCAAGCUUUGUUGCUGCUGAGAGAAAGAUGUAUACAUAUAGUUGUAAUGCAUUUAGAUUCUUGAAUGUUAUUGUGCAUACACAGUUCAGAUUUCAGACAUCAGUAGCCUAAUUUCUCACACAAGUUAAGCAGUAACACAUUUUACUUUAUAUAUAUAUAUAAUCAAAAUGGCGUCAUAACAAUGACUCUUGUUACCUAACAUUCAGAGACGUGUCAUGGCGUCUAACAUUUGGUAUACCAAGUUUAUAACUUCUAUAGUGUUAUAGUUCAAGUAAAGUACAACUUAAACAAAGACUCAUUGGAUUUUGAAUUUCAUUUUAGUCAGUCACACAUUCGGGUACUUUUGUGAAUCUUCGAUACAUUGUUACAGGCCAAUCAAUGUACUGCUAUAGAAUGUCUCGAUUAUUAAAUUUGGUUGGAGAAUCCUAAUAAAGCUACUGGGCUACAGUAAAUGCUCACCCCAAUUUUUAAUAUCA